AUGAUUCGCUUACCGCCCAGCAGCCUAUCCGUCUCAGAGCGAGAUAUCGAUUUCCAUGUCCGACAAACAGAAAUCUACCAAGGUCUACUGCGGCAAGGCUUCAAGAAAGAUGACAUUAUCCGCUAUCUCAACGACUAUCGCAAGGCUGCAGCAGAUGCAGCCUACCCUGGCUUACGGGACUUCGAUCUGACAAUCUCGAGCACCGCGGAACUGUCCUACCUGCGUCUCCAGCCAGCCUUGCAGGAAAGUGGCCAAGAAGACAAGAAGCGAGAUCCUGUCCGCCAUGGUUCCUCCGAGUCCAGCAGCGGAUCAACUUCCAGCUUUCCCGAUCUCCCCCCAGAGAUUGAAGACUCCCAAGACGAUCUCCAAGACUUCGUUCCAAACGCGCUUGUGCAGGAGACGGGAAACAUCAGCAGCCUCGGGUCCCCGAGAUCUAUCCCACCAACCCUGUACGUCAAUCCACAUGCUCCUCGUAAGAGCUCGCUACUUCGGUUUGCUGAGGCAGCAUCACCAGAGCCUCCUCCUACCGAACCAGGAGAGGGUCGACCUGUUCCUGCGCCAACUCAUACUCCAAUACGUAGGAAAUACAAGCGGCGAAGCCAUACCUACCCAUAUCAGUCCUCCGAGCGAGACUCUCUUGCGGAUACAUUGACACAGGGUCAUGUCAUAGAUGGGAUGAAUCGGAUCUCCUUGGACGACUCUGGGGAGAGUAUGCCUUUCGAGCUGCCAUCCCCGAUGCAUCCUACGACUCGCACAUCUUCAGCUCAAGACAUCUCGUUUGCGAGUCCACCGACAAAGUCACCGCCGGGGGAUAGUCCGACGGACGUGCUCAGUCCCAGCAUCACCCAUUCUACCGUAGAAAGGCGUCGAAGCAGCGAUAUUCUCGCACAGAUGUAUUCCUUCACAGAUAUGCCAAGCUCCCCUCCUUUUCUACAGACACCAGGCAGGGACUACUUCGAGGAGCCACCGUCUUCUCUGGGCUCCACUCGAUUACCCAGUACACCAUCACCAAUCCGCAAUGCUGCUUCCCUCUCACGUACCGAACCGCCUCUUUACAGACAUCAAUAUCUGGACGGGAAUUCGUAUACGGUGUACAAUGAUUCACUCCCUGCAAGCUCUCAGCCACAGACUCCGGCCGACACAUCAAGACAUCCUUUGGUCACUGAGCAAGAAGCCGCGUAUACCGCACCACCUGGCAUGCUCCGUAUCGGAUCGACCUCAGUUACGUACCAUGGUCGACAGGGGUGGGACCAGGAAGGCGCACAGCAAAGCCCAACUGCUCGAGCCAUCAAUCUUCGUGAACGACGGAACAGGGAGUUGACGAGAAGUGCUCAUGCUGAAGGAGUUCGUUUGCAGCGGUUGAGGUUGAGGGACGAAAGCCGGUUUACACAGCGGGCGCUCGACGCUAACGCUGCCGCUACUGGCGGAGAUCGAGUAGAGCCAUUCUCGCCAACUGCGGAUGAUGUGUGGAGGGACGAGCUCGAGGCCGAUCGCGUGGGAGAGGAGAAUUUCGAAGCAGGCAACGACAGUAGUCAUCGGAGAGUCAUGCGAGCUGUGAGUGGAAAUGCUAGGUUUGACCUUGGGGACUGGCACGAAUGA